AUGGAUACAGCAGGAUUUGGAUGGACGGUUUUCCAGAGCAGAAUGAAUGGAGCUAAGGAUUUUUACCGAGGAUGGAUUGAUUAUGAAAAUGGGUUUGGAGAUUUGAUGUCUGAGUUUUGGUUGGGAAAUAACUUCAUACAUCUUCUUACUUCGACUGGAAACUACAAGCUUUAUAUCCACCUUGAAGAUUUUGAAGGAAAUUCGGCAUAUGCAGAAUAUUUCGAAUUUAUUUUAGGAGAUUCUGCAACAAAUUAUAGGUUAAAAGUCGAAGGAUAUUGUGGGACUGCAGAUAAAUUACGUGCUAUUGAUGGAGAUAGCCUUGAGUGGCACAACGGUAUGACGUUUUCAACUAAAGACAAUGAUAAUGAUAGAAAAGAAUUCAGCUGUGCACAAAUGCAUAAAGGAGCAUGGUGGUACACUGGAUGUCAUACUUCUAAUUUGAAUGGGGAAUAUUUAGGAGGAAAUCACUCGAAUUAUGGCAAUGGGGUGAUCUGA